CGCACCGCUCUGAAAUGUUCGGUGACCGCUCGAUGCGAUAAAGGGGAAGUAUUUUUCCUAAUUAAAGCAGAAAUACUUAACGCAACGAUUACGUCAACGUUUACGUAUGAUUAUUUAUUAGAUAAGAGUCGUUAUCAUUCAAAACAGAUAUACACAGUUCUUCCACCGUUGAAUAAUAUUCUGAACAAAGAUGUUCAGGUUUUUGAAAAACUAUAUCUUGGUGAGGAGUUUUAGCAAUUCGGUGAGGAUAGUCGAAGUGGGUCCAAGGGAUGGUCUUCAAAACGAGUCUUUGAUAGUCCCAACAGCAACAAAGAUCAACUUUAUCAACAAGCUUUCCGAGACAGGUCUCAAGACGAUUGAAGUAACAAGUUUUGUGUCACCUAAAUGGAUUCCACAGAUGGCAGACAAUGAGGAGGUCUUUAAAAGCAUUGAUAUCAAACCUGAAAUAAGCUACCCUGUCCUGGUACCCAACCUUCAGGGCUUUGAAAAAGCACUAAGUGCAGGUGUUAAGGAGAUUGCAAUCUUUGGAGCAGCCUCUGAGGCAUUCAGUAGAAAGAAUAUCAAUUGUUCAAUUGCAAAGAGCAUAGAAAGGUUUUCGCUGGUCACUGAACAAGCUAGGCGAAAAGACGUGAAAAUUAGGGGUUACAUAUCCUGUAUUGCAGGGUGUCCUUAUGAGGGGGAAACAAAACCAUUGGUUGUCGCAAACCUUGCAGCAUCUAUGUUGGACCUUGGCUGUUACGAAAUCUCAUUGGGUGACACGAUAGGUGUGGGAACUCCAAAAAAAAUCAAAGCUUUGCUCAACGAAUUACAAAAAGUCUCUUCAUCAGAUAAAAUUUUUGAGCAAUACGCUCUCCACUGUCAUGAUACUUUUGGACAGGCUUUGACCAACAUUUAUGCAAGCUUAGAUUUUGGUAUCAGAAUAUUCGACUCUUCGGUAGCUGGUCUCGGAGGUUGUCCCUAUGCUGCCGGAGCUUCUGGAAACGUAGCCACUGAGGAUUUACUCUACUUUUUAAAUGGGCAAGGACUCGAAUCUGGGGUUGAUUUGAAAAAGGUUAUCGACGUUGGCGAUUAUAUUAGCACCCAAAUUGGAAGAGUAAACAGGUCUAAGGUUGGAGUAGCUGUUCUUGCCAAAGAGAAGUUGAACAAAGUUAAAUCUUAAUCUGUGAGUACAGAUGUUGUUAAAUUUACACGAUUACAUCAUGAUUUGUCACUCAAGAUUUCAUACUAUACAUCUUUGGAAUCCGCUAAAAAAUAGACCGUUUUUAUAACAAAAUAUCUCAUUAUUCUUAUUGCGGUUUCAUUAAUGAAUUAGUAUGUUGAAAUUCAUCUCAGAUUUAAUUAUCGUAUAUAGACUACUGUAUUUCGAUUUGAUUUGAAUUCAUUACCAAAAUUGAAGAGUGAUUACGUCGCAGUUCGAUGGAAAACAAGGUGAUACAAUAUUACUACAUCACUGAACCGAAAAUAUCGAUGAGUUAUGGGAAGUAAAUAUAUUACGUUGGGGCUUAGGAGUGUAUACUCUGACACAAUGAGAUGGAUGUUGUAAUACUUUAUGGAAUGAAUAAAACUUGCUUAAAAUUA